GGUUGGACGGCAAUGCAACUGGCAGCGGCUGACGGACAUGAGGGGAUAGUCUCGCAGAUUUUGAAAUACGGAGUAAAAAUAGAAAGUCAACAGCAAGACGGGUGGACAGCUUUGCAUUGCUCGGCAGCCGAAGGCCACAAGUCAGUAGUCUUGGCGCUGCUUAGCUACGGGGCGGACGUGAAGACUAAAGACAAGCGUGGUGCGACUCCACUGCUCCUAGCGGCGAAGAAUGGGCACGAAGAAGUAGCAAAGAUACUGGUAGAAAGAGGGCUAGAG